CUUGAACAUAUGAGGAAAGAAAUCUCUAGUUAACAGCAGGAAAUAAUCGGUCACGUCGGUUUCUUUUUUAUCUUAUCACUUCAAUUCAUUAGUGUGUUUUGUAGAUCUAAAUGAUUAUAUAACAUCCAAAAUAACUAAUAAAAAAAAUUUUGAUAAGUGAUUGACGAUAUCAAGUUUCGCCCAGCAUCCAGCAAAUAUUUUUCGAACUCACUUUUCUGAUUGAUGUCGAGCAAAAUGGUGCGAGAAGUAGAUUUGCGAAGUGACACCGUCACCAAGCCUACGGCCGAGAUGCGCCGCGUUAUGGCUGAAGCUGUAGUGGGGGAUGAUGUUUACCAGGAAGACCCCACAAUUAAUGCUCUGGAAGAAAGAGUGGCUAAGUUACUGGGUAAAGAAGCAGGAAUCUACGUUGCAUCUGGUACCAUGGGCAAUCUCGCUGCAAUCAUGGCUCAUUGUUGGACAAGGGGUCAAGAAGUGGUAGUGGGUGAAUUAUCUCACAUAUUGAAGUCAGAACAAGGCGGGGUGGCUCAGCUUGGCGGUGUCAAUGUCAGCACCCUGAAAAAUCUAGAUGAUGGAACGUUUUCAUUGGAGGAAUUGAAAGAAAAGUUCAGACCAGCAAACCCAGAUAUCCAUGAGCCAUCCACAGGAGUGGUUUGCCUUGAGAAUACAAAUAAUCGAUGCGGUGGAAGAGUCUUACCACAGUCAUUCAUUCAACAGGUCUGUGACAUAUCCCGUGAUCGUGGUGUGCCUGUUCAUAUGGAUGGCGCUCGUUUAUUAAAUGCUGCUGUCCACUCUGGGAUACCCCCGCAUGAAAUAGUUAAAGAUUGCGCAUCUGUAUCUAUGUGUCUUUCUAAGGGUAUUGGAGCCCCAGUUGGAUCUGUUGUUGUUGGUUCUAAGGAAUUCAUCGUUAGGGUGCGCAGAUGUCGUAAGGUUUUGGGCGGAGCCAUGAGACAAGCUGGUAUUCUAGCUGCGGCAGCUCUAGUUGGGUUAGAUUCCGCUAUGGAAAGAUUAAGCGUUGACCACAAGAGAGCGAAAAAACUAGCACAUGAAAUACACAACUUGAAAAGUGAUCUUUUAACAGUGGACCCUGAAGUUGUGGAAUCAAAUAUGCUGUUAUUGAAUUUCCCUUCUCCUCGUCUGACAUCAGCACAAUUUGUAGAAAAAAUGGCGCAGAUUAACCCAGGAGACAAAGAGAAAGUUAUUGUAAGAUGUGGUACGUGGUUCAGAAAUAGAGUUCGAUGGGUUCUACAUUCAGAUUUAACUCAAGAAGAUUUGGAUUUAGCACUCCAGAAAAUACGCAGCAUUCUCGUCUAAUUGUGCCAUUAAUAAAGAAUUUGUUUUCUUUUGA